AUGACUUCUAAACCUAUUGAUGUUCUUCCUGACAAGGAGAUCGAAGAGCAGCGCGCUACGGGACAGGAUGACGUCUACAUCGACCCAGAAGCUGAAAAGGCUCUUUUGAGAAAACUUGACAUGUGGAUUGUUCCGCCUGUUAUGCUUUUGUAUUUACUGAGUUUUCUGGAUCGUGUAAAUAUUGGAAAUGCGAGACUUUAUGGUAUGGAGGAGGAUCUUGGGUUGGUGGGCGAUCAGUAUCAACUUGCAGUUUCAGUCUUAUUCGUCACAUAUAUCGCAAGCGAGUUGCCGUCAAACCUUGUCAUCAAGAAAUUCACGCCUUCGAGAUGGAUCUCUUUCAUCACCGUCUCAUGGGGUAUCGUGGCCACUCUCACAGGAAUCGUGCAAGAUUUCAAGGGUCUUAUCGCAUGCCGUGUGCUCCUGGGUGCUCUCGAGGGUGGUCUGUUCCCUGGUCUAGCCAUCUACCUCACAAUGUUUUACACGAAAAAGGAAUACGCCCUCCGAAUCGGUUAUCUCUUCGUCAGCGCAGCCAUAGCAGGAUCCCUCGGUGGACUUUUAGCCUACGGUAUCGGUCACAUGGACGGCGUAGCAGGCCUUCGCGGCUGGCGCUGGAUCAUCAUCAUCGAAGGCAUUCCAACAUUCAUCCUCGGUAUCGCAGUCUGGUUUUGGCUCGCAGAUGAUCCUGACUCGGCACACUAUCUCACCGUCGCCGAACGCGAACUCAUCGAUGCCCGCAUGCGACGACAAGUCGGACACACCAAGUCCUCCAGCCAAAUGCACAAGGAAGACGUUUACGCUGGUCUCAAAGAUUGGAAGAUUUGGCUCUUCUGUAUUGGUCAAUUCGGUGGUGACACCAUUCUCUACGGCUACAGCACUUUCUUGCCUACAAUUAUCCGCGGACUGGGUGAUUGGAACAACGCGCAGGUUCAAGCUCUUACAAUUCCUUGCUAUGCUAUGGGUGCUAUCACGUACAUUGUAGUUGCAUGGUUCUCAGACAGGACGCAGCGAAGAGCCAUUUUCACUGUUGUGCUUGGUCUUGUAUGUGCUGUAGGAUAUGCCAUCCUCGUCAGCACUGCUCCAUCUGGUGUACGAUACUUUGGAUGCUUCCUCGCCGCUAUGGGAUUGUAUUUGUACAAAACACACGAGGGACCUCGAUUCGUCAAGGGUCAUGCUGUGUCUAUGGCUUUGGUAGCCAUGUCUUCACUCAUCUAUCUUGCCUUUUGGGCUUGGUUCCGAAAACAGAAUAAGAGAAAGGAUGAGGGUAAGGAGGAUUGGAGAAUUCAGGGCUUGACUGAGGAAGAGGCUGAGGAAUUGGGAGAGCAUAACCCGAGGUUUCACUACACAUAUUAG